AUGGCAGUUAUCGAGGAGAUUGUCGAGGGAGAGGAGGAGCAGUUGGCCAAAGUAGAACAUUUGAAAAAAGAGGGAAAUGAGUUUUUCGGAAAAGGAGAAUUCGAGAAGGCUGAUGAGAAAUAUCAGGCAAUUCAAGAUGACGGAAGCCAUCACCGCCUGUCACCAACGUCAACUGAAAUUCAAUCGAUACUCCUCUCAAAUUCUUCAGCAGCACUUAUCAAACUUCGAAAAUGGGAACAUGCAGUAGAAGCAGCCACUAAAUCUAUUGAGAUCGGAGCCACGAACGAGAAAGCUCUCGAACGACGUGCGUUCGCUUAUUCAAAUAUGUCGGAAAAGUAUGAAAAUGCGAUUGAAGACUACCAAAAACUUCAAGAAUCCCUGCCAAAACGCCAAACAGAAUUUCAACGAAAAAUCGCGGAAAUCAAUGAAAAAAUCACUGCCCGGAAUGAGGCAAUGAAGGCGGAUAUAAUGGAUAAAUUGAAAGGAUUCGGAAAUUUAUGUCUUUCGCCGUUUGGCUUGUCAACAGAUAAUUUCGAGAUGGUUCCAAACGGAAAUGGAGGAUUCUCGGUGCAAAUGAAAGGAUCUGCUGGAGCUGGAAAAGAGAAAUCAGAGGAUAAAGCUGGAAUUCCUGAAGAGAGUGCCUGA